UCACAUACCGUCUAGAAAUAUUCCCAACGGUCCUAGAUCCAGGGGCAAAAAACCGGUUACCACAAGAUAAGCGCCUAAUAGAAGACCCAGGGUCUUCUAUUACUAGGGGGUCUUAUAUCCGGGCUUUUACGGGUAUUUCUGUGAUGGACUCUCACGCAAGGGCACAUUUGGUGGUUUGUGUCAGGCCUUCUGGGGGGUGCAUGACGAGCAGGCUCGCUUCGAGUCUGACACGAGCUCCGGAACUGUCCAAUUUCGUGGGCAACUAUGUCGUACAGCACGCGUGAGCGCGGUGGUGAGGGCGAACCAUCGAGCAUGCUCUCUCCGCGCCACAUGCGCUCUGCUGCCAGAUUCGUCGUCCACUCCGCCCGCCGAGCAAUCGGCCCGUCGGCUCUCGUCAUGUCGCUGAUCGCGGGGCUGCCCACCCCCGACCACGUGCAUGUCGCUCCCCGCACUGCACCCCUCGCUUUCAGGCGCAUCCCUCUUUUCGCCAUCCGUCCCACCCGCGCAGCGCCUUCAUCCAUCGGCGGCCGACCUGCGGUCUUCGGCACGUGCGACCGAAGAUGCACUUAGCAGCAGUCACAGGUCGUUCAGAACCGCAGCGGCAGGCCUGCAAAGCACGGCUCUCGCUAAUUCCGCUCGAAGCAGCACGGGCGGGAGUACGAGAAGCAGUCUCAGCCUUGCCCUCUCAAGGCGCUUCGUUUCCUCUUCUUCCAAACGCUCAAACGUCACCUCUGAUACGCUCACGUGCGAGUGCCACGUGGCGCGCUUCUACUGACAGCCAGGCUGCUGGCGUCCGUGCUGUGGACUCUUAGUGGGAGGAACUUUCUGAAGACGCUCCCUCGAGAGACCCUGAGCCGCUCUCCCCCUCGUCCGCAGCAACCCUCCCCCCGCCAGCACAUGUAGUGCCUGCAGCACAGCAUAAAAUCUCAGCCGUUGGAUUGAGAUGAUCCAAGGGUCCUGGCGUGCUGCGACCACCGCACUGGGAACUCUCAGCAGCAGCGGCCGCUGCAGGUGGCGGUGCUGCUAAGCGGUGGUGUGGCGUGGAUAGCAGCCUGGCGCUUAGGCUGCUGCACGCGGCGGGGCUUAAGUGUGAGGCGUUUGGCCUGAAGCUGUGGUUCCGGGAGGACUGUGAGAGGUGGCGGUGGCAGUGCCCCUGGGAGGACGACCACGCCAUGGCUCAGGCUGUGGGACCAGGCGCGCUCAUGCCAAUGCUGUGUCAACUGCCAUCCCAUUCCUCCGCUGACUGCGCUUUGCCACCCUGGAUAACCGCGCUCAUGCCCCUCAACUCUCCAGAUCCGUGUGCCACUUGACUUGCUGUUUCAAGGCGCCUCAAGAGCAGCACAGGGAGAGCAGCACGUGUCCCUCUGCGCAUAGUUCAUCUCACAUGUGCCUACUGGCAGUGGGUAGUACUGCACUGUGUGGCAGGGAUUCGCAAUGGCCGCACACCCAACCUGACAUGCUCUGCAGCAACUCACGCAUCAAGUCCGGGGCGUUGGUUGGCGUCGCGUGCGUUCGCUUUCUCGCACUAAGAUACCAUGUCUCUUCUCAUCCCCCCCUCCAGGGUAACCACCUACCACACCUGGUGCGACAGCUAGCAGGCACAUGAGGGUGGUGUGGAGCUGAGGGGGCUCAGGGCCCCUGUGCGUCCAGGUGUUCCCUCCCUCCACAGUCCCAGAUACUUGGUCGCAACAGUCACGCCAACCAGCCCUGUCUUUGUGUCCCGCAGCUACCCACAUCCUAGCAAGUCACGGCGGCACUUCUAGGUGGCAGGAUUCUGCUGGACGCUUGGUGGCGCGUGCAACCCUCUGGCUAAGAGAGGCAACCUCGCAUGCAACGUAAGAGCCAGGCAGCUUCUUGUAAAAGCGGCAAGUCAGCCUGCACCCACCUCUCGUCUGCCAACUCUCAUCGGCAGCUCUGGUGGGGUGGUUGAGCUGGAUGCGGGGCAGCACAUGUGGCCCUCCAUGACGUGGAGGAGAGGGUCCCAGCUGCAACGCGAGAGCAAGGCAGCAUGCACGCGCCAAGUGCGACCGGCAGUUCUGGGUGGGCAGGUUCAGCUGGACGCAGGGCGGCAAGUGGGGUCCCUAGGUGUGUGGACGAACCAACCUGUUGCUAAUGUAGCCAGAAUCUAUGGAGCAGGCACGAGCAGCAGCAGAUCCAUUCAAGGACUGCAGUGCUCUCUCCCCCUCUCGCCGCAGCAGCCCCGGUCACUCUGCUGCUGGACGGCCAGGGCGUGGCUGCCGGCAAGUUUGCUGUUUUUCAUGAUGGUGACACGUGCCUUGCGUUGUCAUGCUGCCCGGGGACCCAGUGGAGGCGGCGGGAGUGGUGGGUGCAGCAGCAGUAGGCAGCAAGAGGUGGGCAGCAAGAGGUGGGCAGCAAGAGGUGGGCAGCAAGAGGUGGGCAGCAAGACGUGGGCAGGAAGAGGUGGGCAGCAAGAGGUGGGGAGGAGCAGGGGGGGCGUUGGGCCUUGUCAGCUGCAGCGUGGGCAACAGUGUGAAGGGGCUUGGCAGGGGUGACAGUUGGCAGAUUUCAAACCACCCGAGACGUGUAGAGGGGGAGUGGAAGGGAAGGUGGGGAGUGAGAAUGAGAGGCUGGAGCUGGAGGAGAAGGCGAGGAGGGAGGAAGUGAAAGUUGGAUUGGGGAUUAGGGAGAAAAGGAAGAGCAAUAAAUAGAAGUAGAAAUAGGGAUUAGUGUAGAACCUAGUCUCAGAGUUAGAACGAAUGAUUAGAAUGAGAGUAUACAGGGGUAUAUAGCUAGUGGGUUGUACUCUCUAUGGCAAGACCCUAUGUAGUCUACUAAACAUACACAAGUAUAUUUGACACACCCCCUA